GGUAAGAGAGGAACAGCAUCUGGCAUCUGGAGCACCGGCAUGGAUCGCGUUAAUAGAGCAUUCAAAUGGCUCCACCUUUUAUGUUAAUUUCAAUGUGGUCUUGAGGCUAGUGGCCGUAAUCUUAUAGUGAAUGGGGGAAGCGGACGGCUUGCGGCUCGGCUUGUAUACAGACCGAUGGUAUCUGUGCGGUGUGGAGGAUCAGGGAAGCAUGGAUGUGCGAUAAUGUCUCCGGCACGGAAUACGGCUCCGGUGCGGGUUUUUCAUUAAAAAGAGCAGUGAAAAGGAACUCAUCUCCAAUCGAGUAAUGGGAGGCCAGAUAACCAAAAACACCUUGUACGAUUCUCUGGGCGGCUCCUUCCCUGCCACCUCUCAGCGAUGUCACCACAAGCCCAAGCGCUGUCUGCCCAUCCAGCAGUGUGGUGGGUUCCCCAUCAGCCCGCUCCUCUUCCACCCCAACGCCAAGGGCUCGCAGAUCAUCAUGGACCUGGCCCAGAAGGCGGUAAAGAGGCAGGCCAGCUUCUGCAAUGCCAUUACCUUCAGCAACCGGCCUAUCGCCCAGUACGAGCAGGUCAGGCUAAAGAUUACGAAGAAGCAGUGCUGCUGGAGUGGAGCGUUGCGGCUCGGCUUCACGGCCAAAGACCCGUCGCGGAUCAACCCGGACAGCCUGCCUAAGUACGCCUGCCCAGACCUGGUGUCCCAGAGCGGCUUCUGGGCCAAAGCUCUGCCGGAGGAGUUCGCCAAUGAGGGCAACAUCAUUGCCUUUUGGGUGGACAAGAAGGGCCGUGUCUUCUACCGCAUCAAUGACUCCAGUCCCAUGCUGUUCUUCAGCGGCGUCCGGACUAUAGAACCUCUGUGGGCCCUGAUUGACGUUUACGGUCUGACAAGAGGGGUUCAGCUGCUUGACAGUGAAAUAGUGCCUCCAGACUGUCAACGCCCGCGUUCCUUCACCACGGUACGCAGGUCCUCCUUGCGGAGGGAGGCAGAUGAGUCACGGCUCUCUGUCAGCCUCUGCGACCUCAAUCUUCAGGAGGAGCACCUGCACCUUGCAUCCACCGCCUGCCCCAUCCCGCAGAACUCACUCAACUCUCAGCAGUCUCACCUGCUGCCUCCACACCUGGACAGUGACAUCCAUUUCCAUCAGCUGCGAGGAGCCCAUAUCAAGACGCUGGACGAGCAGACGGUGGCCCGCUCGGAGCAUGCCCGCGAGGAAAGGACGCUGGUGUUCACCAGUCGGCCGCUGCGAACCGGGGAGACCAUCUUCAUCAAGGUCACCAAAUCCAGCCCAGCCCGCUCAGGGUCGCUGUCCUACGGGGUGACCUCCUGUGACCCCAGCGUCCUGCGACCCAGCGACCUGCCCUACAACCCAGAAUCCCUCGUAGACCGGAAGGAGUUCUGGGCCGUCUGCAGGGUACCGUCACCAUUGCAGAGCAGCGACAUCUUGGGGUUCUUGGUCAACCAAGAAGGGGAGGUCAUUCUAAGCCACAACGGCACUAAUGCGGGCAUGCAGGUGUGCGUGGACAACUCCCGACCGCUAUGGAUGUUCUUCGGUUUACAUGGAGCAGUUACACAGUUAAAGAUACUGGGCUCGACCCACCUAGCAGAUCCGCGAGGACCAUCUGCCCCCAGCUCGCCUUCGUCCAUCCCGAACACACCCACCGGCUUGUGUGGCGGCAGCUCGGAGCUCACCCUGAACAGCAGCUGCCCCGGAGCAUUCUGUGGCUCCGCUGGAGGAACGACUCCAAGCUCACCUAUCAGCCUCCCAAAGUCUCCCACCUUCCCAUCAGGCUCUGGGUCCUGGAGUGACGAGUGCUCCAUCUGCUACGAGAACAUGGUCGACACGGUGAUUUACGCCUGUGGGCAUAUGUGUCUCUGCUACACCUGCGGGCUCAAGCUAAAGAAAAUGUCCAAUGCCUGCUGUCCCAUAUGCAGGAGGACCAUUAAGGACAUUAUAAAGACUUACCGCAGUACGUAAGCCCGGCUGGGCGCUGGGGUCACCUGACCACACUGGCACAAUAUACACGAAGUGAAGAGGGAACUAUUAUAUGUUCAGGGAAAUAUUACUUUGGUGCACCAUGGUACGUCUCCAUGGAGGGCUUUUGACGUGAGAUCUGCCGGCACACUGCGGUCCAUAGAAUUUUUACACAAGCCUGUGUAAAGUUUUGGCAGUAAACGGGGGAUUCGUUCCUCGCCUGAAAACAAAGUGUACCUUCAUUAGGGAUUCAGGAAGUUUCAAAGACGCGCAACAAUCAAGUCCAACAAUAGAGAAGGCUGUUUCCUAAGCACCUGCGGUGUGAGUCUCUCUAAAAUGGAAAUAACGUAUUUUCUACACAUUCUAUAUUUCUUAGAAUGGAGGAGGGAGGAUAGAACACACACACACACACAUAUAUAUAUAUAUAUAUAUAUAAUAUAAAUAUAUAUAUAUAUUAUAAUGUGUGACUUUUCUUCUGAUUCCAUACGAGUACAAUUAAAACACCCCUUUGUUAGAUAUGAAGAAAAAGAUUUCAAAAUAAUCUACAACUUUCCGCACAACUUUUGUCUGUGCUUGGGGGAGAUGAAAAAUGACGGUGGGAAUGGAAAAUGAUGUACAGAAACCUGCACAAGCAGGAAUUCUGUCAGUGGUACUGAGCUCCAGACAAGCGAGGCAGCUCAUUCUACAGGUGUGUGACUUUUAAACGGACUUGACACGAUAUCCUAAUGUGUUACUUAAGCAUUUUUGUUGUGCAUAGCAAACAGUAACGGGAGGGUGUUUCUUUCUGUGUUCUGCUUCUUGGCGCCGCGCCAUCGAGUUCGUCCAUACCUGCAAAGAGCUAUAGUGCAUAGUGCCGUGACAGUCACAUGCUCAGUUGGUCACUUAUUCUAUAGUGUUCGAUGUAUUGCGUGCAAGACACUGCUGCCCUCUCCGCCAUUACAGAGGAGAUGUGUCCAGUCAUCAAUCGGUACGAAUAUGUAGCUAUACAGAAUGUAAUUGCAGGUUACAGUCCCCAUGCAGAGAUUUCCAAUGUACCGUGUGCAUCUGGGCCCUUUUUGGAGACCAUUUGUAAACAUAAAGGGACUAAGUGCUUUGCUGCCAACAACAAACAACCAACAAAAAAGCACUUCACUGGAGUCACUAAAACGAAAAUGGACAAAACCUCCUGCAAUGACCCGCUACACUGUGAAACUCGGGUAUUCAGCUGAUUAGUAUAAAUCUAGUGAUAUCCUACUCAAAUGGUAGUCGAACCUGUGUGCUUAAUUUACAGGGAAUGUAUUCAUGAGCAUGGCAGUGAUGGGAGAUAGGAGCCAUACCAGGCAGCCUCAAGCCUUAAGUAAUGGAAGAGGCCAUUUUGUCAAACCGGGGUUUGAUUGUCUGUAAAUUUCAUUUUUUUUUACUGUUUUCUUAAUGAGCCCUUGCAAAUACCAAAAAUGUCACGAUCCAGUAUAAAGACUGCGCACAAAGAACUGAACAGCUCCAGAGAGUGCAGGGGUUGUGCAGUAACUGACACAGGAUCCUUUUUAAUGUGCUAAUAAUCUUCUAACCCAGUGUUUCCCACUCAGGUCCUUAAGGACCCAUAGAUAGGCCACAUUUCUGCUUACCUGGGAGGGAGCAAAAAUGUGGAGCGGCUGUGGGUGCCUGCGGACUGGAUUGGGAAGCAUUGUUCUAACAGAUACAUAUAUUCAGAAUGCCACCUUCGCUGUUCUUUUAUGGAAGGUGUUGGCAGCCUGUGUAACAUUUAUUUAUAUCUAAAGAGCGGCUUUGUGUUGCAUCCCUGGUCUCAAACAUUAAUGAUAUAAUGAGCCCUUUGAAUGUCGUGUCUCAGAGGGUAUUUUAAAUACUCAAAAAAGUACAAUGCAUUUUAUAUUUUUGCCUUGGGCAGCAUUACUUCAACAAGAGGCAAUGAAAUAUCUAUUAGUGUUAUAGUGUCACUUGCUUU